AAUUAAGUUUCGUUUCCUGUAUAUUUAUGAACGCGAUAUUCCGGAUAAUCAUAUUAUUAUAGUGCAUUAAACAAAUAAUCAAUGUUUAUGAAUGAUAUAAAUAUAUGAAUUUUAUAUAUGAAUAUAUGAAUAGCAUAUUACAAUAUUUGGUGUAAGGUACAUUUGGAUUUAUAUUUACGAUACCGACACAGGCAAGCUAUUGAUAUUGAAGCAAUAACCAAUCGACGACGAGCAAGGAUUUUCACGACGAAUAUGUAACAUAAGUUAUGGCAAAGGAACUGUGUCCAGAAGAUGUUGAUGAUUUAAGCUUAGCAGAUGCGGCGGACUGGUUGGAUGAAAGAGGUAUAUCAUAUGAACUCUUAGAGACACAUGAAGAGGUUUUAGAUCUGAUAAAGGCAACACUUGCUAAUGCUGACACUAACACCGGAGAGAAACAUAUAAAUAGCGAGGAGUUGAUAUCUGACGCUAUCAGUGAGGAUGGUACCAUGAAACAUGAUUUGCGUAGAGUAUAUGAAGAAAUUAAAGUGUUUGCCAGAGACAGUGCAGGGGACGAACUUAGAGAUUAUAUCAACAAUAUUUACACUGAUAUAGAUGCUCGUCUAGACGGAAACAUUAAUGACUUAAAUUACUCAGAGAAUGCCAUAAUUGUUGCAGGUGAAACUGGUGCAGGGAAGAGCAGUUUUCUAAAUCUUCUGAUAGGAGCCGAUGUUUUGCCAUGCUCCCUCCUUUCCAACACUUCAGCAAUCUGUCAAAUACACAAUAGAAAUUUCAAACAAUUUAGCGUACUUAUGGAAAAUGGAGAAAGUGAAACAUUUGAUAUACUUGGUGAAGGAUCGGAAGCAGAAAAAGAACUUGUAGAGAAACUGUCUAGAUUCGUCGGUCGAUCAAAUUAUGUGUCCUCAAACAAAAUCAACCAUGUUGACAUCUACUGGCCUGUACCUUUAUUAAAUGAAAAUGUGACAAUUGUUGAUUCGCCUGGUGUAGGAGAAAGUGAAGAAAUGACAGAGAAGCUAGUUAAAUACCUCCCAAAAGCUGUUGCUUUUAUAUAUAUUGUAAACAGUGCAAAUGCUGGAGGAAUCCAGGAAGAUACUAUAUUACAAAUUAUUUCGGAACAACAUAAACUUGUCACAGAAACAGAACUUUCUAGUUUUGAUCCAAAAAAUAUGAUGUUUGUAUGCAAUAAAUGGGAUGUUGUGGUAAAGCGUGGAGAAACUGAGAAAACGUGGCAAGACACAGUGCGAAAACUUAAAAUGACAAUUCCUGGACUAACUGAGAAACAUAUAUUUAGAAUGAGUGUCACAGAGGCUGUUAAAUACAAGAGGAGCGGUAUGGGAAAUACUGAAAUGUAUCAGCAUUUACUGAAAGGACUUAGUCAAUUCGUCCAAGACAGUUUGGUCGCCAAUAUAAAGAGACAUUACAGAUGGCUAAGCGUACUUGUAACAAAGAUUGAAGUAUACAUUGUAUCACGGAUAAAUAAUGCUAAAAAAUCUUCAGAAGAAAAAAACUCAUUCCAAGAACUGGUGAAGUUCAGGCUUAUCAAGCUAGAAUUAGAUUCUGAAAAGAUAAGACAACUGCUUAUUGAUAUAGCACGUAAGGAAUGUCAUAUUGUGACACAACAACUCUAUAUUCAUCUCCAAAAGGAUGACGUCAUUUCUUAUCUUGACACGUGGACUGAAGAAGAGUCGCCCGACAUAACUGUUAACGAUCUUGAUGUUACACGAUUCCAAGCGGAAGAUAUGAUACAGACAAGAUUACUGAAUGUUAUUCAAACUUGGGAGAAUGACACACGGAUUGUGGAAAGAACAACCAAGCAGCUUACUGACUUGUUUAAUAAAAAGUGCUUAGUAAUAUCACAAAAAUGUAAAGAAGUAAGCGAAAUCCUGAAAGGCGGUUCUCUCUCAGACGGAGGCGGACUUGUUCUAGGUGGCGGCAGGCGCAGUGAAUCAACCGAGAGUGACGAAUUAGAGGGCAGCGAUAUUGCGAUUUUAGUAGCAACUGCUCCAAUAUGGGUCCCUGUUGGACUUGCUGCACUUGCCAUAUUUGUACCUAUUGGCUUAGGAUACCGUAUAAAAAGGGCUUUCGAAAGAAAAGAAUACCGAAAGAAUAAGGCAAUAUUUAUGAAGAAAUGGACACAUAUUGUACUUGAAGACUUACAUAAAAAGGAAAAUAUAUCUAAUCUGAUUGAAGGAUUAUACCUAAAGAGUAUGAUAGAGCGAAUUAACUAUUUGUUUUCCACUUUUUUACCGAAACAAAUUGAAGCCGAUAGAGCUCAAAUGCUCAGCAUUCUGAACGAUAAAAGAAGUGCUGACCAAAUUGUUUAUCAAUUUCAACCAAAGAAAUUUAAAGUAAAGUCCAUUGUCAAAUCACUGCUCUUCUUUGAUUUGAGAUAUUUAGCUGAUGAUGUCAUUGAUAUAUCAAAGAUUCUACGGUACAGACAAAUUGGAGGGGGGAGUUUUUCUGAUGUAUAUCGGGCUACAUGGAAACAGAGUGACGAAAGUGAAAAAGAAGUCGCUCUAAAAAUCUUAAAAGGUCAUGACAUGUACUUACAGCUAUGUGAGGUUGAUUGUUCAAGGAAGUUAAGGCACAAAAAUAUAGUUGAUUUUUACGGCGUGAUCUUUGCUGAACGUGAACGAUGUCAAGGUCGAAUUAGCCUAUCUGGAAAUGAAAUUGGUUUACCCCUAUAUGAUGAUCGGCUGAUGCUCGUGCAGGAGCUAUGUGAUCAGAGUUUAGAGUCUUUGGUUUUUGGAACGAAGGACAAGCAGUGCGGGUCAUUUUCCAAAACAUUGCGACGGGGAGAAACGCAUGAGUUUUUCUUCAAUAUGUGCUCAUCGAUAUGUGAGGGUCUAAGCUACAUGCAUAGUACAGGGUACUUACACAGGGAUUUGAAACUCUCUAAUGUUUUGGUAAUAAAUGGUGUUGGAAAACUGAGCGACUUGGGAUUUGCCAGAGCAGAAGCUGUCGUUUCUGGGACAUCAGCUGGUACUUUGUCGCACAUGGCACCAGAACUUCUGGAGGAAAACGUGUAUAGUUUCAGCUCAGAUGUGUACAGUUUGGGUAUUCUUAUAUGGGAACUUUGGUAUGGUACUCGGUCUUAUUCAGAUGCAGAUUUUGCUGGUUUCGGUGUUGCCCAAUUUAUCGAUGCAGUAAAGCGUGGGGAGAGGCCAAAAUGUGAUAAGGAACAUGUAAUGAUGCUUGAACUGAUCAAUUUGGUUCAACAAUGCUGGAGUAACGACCCGAAAAGACGUCCAAUCGUGCAACAAGUCGCCUUUGAUCUGAGAAAAACCGAUGAAAAAUAUCGGAGAGAUAUUUCUAGAUAA